UAAAACAUGGCAGCCCACAAGCGGAACAUAUAAAAAUAUCUUCUUUAUUCUUUCUAAAAUCAAAGCUAUUUUAUCUACUUUCCAUCACAAAGGCAAAGAGUAUAGUGUCCUGUAUUGUAAAUAGUAUUCAAAAUGGUUUUAGCAGAUUUAGGAAGGAAAAUAACGACUGCCCUUCGGUCGUUGAGUAAUGCCACAAUCAUCAAUGAAGAUGUGUUAAAUUCUAUGUUGAAAGAAGUAUGUUAUGCACUAAUAGAAGCUGAUGUCAAUUUACAUUUAGUUAAACGACUGAGGGAAAAUGUCAAAUCAGCUAUUGAUUUUGAAGACAUGGCUGCUGGAUUAAAUAAAAGGAAAAUGAUUCAACAUGCUGUCUUCCAAGAACUUUGCAAGCUGGUUGAUCCUGGUGUAAAAGCAUGGACUCCAUCCAAAGGAAAGAAAAACGUCAUUAUGUUUGUGGGUUUACAGGGUUGUGGUAAGACCACAACAUGCUCAAAAUUAGCUUAUUAUUACCAAAGAAAAGGUUGGAAAACAUGUUUGAUUUGUGCUGACACUUUUAGAGCAGGUGCUUUUGAUCAGCUGAAACAGAAUGCCACCAAGGCUAGGAUCCCUUUCUAUGGAAGCUAUACCGAGACAGAUCCAGUCGUCAUUGCACAAGAAGGAGUAGAAAAGUUUAAACAAGAAAACUUUGAAGUGAUCAUAGUAGAUACAAGUGGAAGGCAUAAGCAAGAAGAAUCUUUAUUUGAAGAGAUGUUGCAAGUAUCAAAUACAAUUAGUCCCGAUAACAUUAUAUUUGUUAUGGAUGCCACCAAUGGACAGGCUUGUGAAUCGCAAGCUCGUGCAUUUAAAGCGAAAGUAGACGUUGCAUCAGUUAUUGUGACCAAACUUGAUGGACAUGCCAAGGGUGGUGGAGCACUCAGUGCUGUCGCCGAGACAAAAAGUCCUAUUAUUUUCAUUGGAACUGGAGAACAUAUUGAUGACUUUGAACCUUUCAAGACAAGACCGUUUAUAAGCAAGCUGCUAGGUAUGGGAGAUAUAGAAGGGCUCAUUGAUAAAGUCAAUGAGCUGAAAUUAGAAGACAAUGAAGAACUUAUUGAUAAACUAAAGCAUGGUGUUUUUAGUUUGCGUGAUAUGUACGAACAGUUCCAGAAUAUCAUGAAGAUGGGACCAUUUGGUCAAAUAAUGGGAAUGAUUCCUGGAUUUAGCAGUGAUUUCCUGUCAAAGGGCAACGAACAGGAAUCAAUGGCAAGACUGAAAAAACUCAUGACAAUCAUGGAUAGUAUGAGUGACUCAGAACUUGAUAAUCCCAAUGGCGCAAAAUUAUUUUCCCGCCAACCAGGACGUGCCACACGAGUAGCACGAGGUGCUGGCGUGUCCGUUCGUGAAGUUCAAGAACUGUUGUCUCAAUACACGAAAUUUGCACAAAUGGUCAAAAAGAUGGGAGGCAUAAAGGGACUCUUCAAAGGAGGCGACAUGACAAGAAAUGUGAACCCAGCGCAAAUGACGAAACUCAACCACCAAAUGGCCAAGAUGAUGGACCCUCGAGUAUUACAACAGAUGGGUGGCAUGUCUGGACUGCAGAACAUGAUGCGUCAGUUUCAGUCAGGAGCUCAUGGUGGAGCACCCUUCAAAUAACACAGGUCAUCAUCCUUAAUCAUCAUUCAAACGAACAGCUGUACCGUAAUUACAUGUUAUCAGAUCAUCAAUGGGUGCAUUCAAUAACUAUAUCCAGUUUUAAUCAGCCUGAUUAGUUAUUGGUACUGAUUGCUCUCAUUUACCAGUCCAAACUCCAAAUUUCUCUAUCACAUAAUGACGUCAGAAAAAAGUAUUUUAUUAUUUUAACGCUAGGGAUUAUGGUCGCAUAUCAAAGAAGAAAGACACACGCUGACGUCAUUACGUGAUAGGCCAGUUUAGGGCUCUAUUAGUAAGGUUCUAAUUUUCAGACAAUGGAAAAACUUCAUUAGUUGCGUGACGUCACGGCGACCAUUUUGAACAUAAAAUCAUGAUGAUAUAGUCCUCGCAUUUGUCAUAGGCUCUGAAAAUUUUCCCUGACAGACGUUUUGGCAUUUUCUUUUUACAAACGGCACAAUUACUUCUAUUUCUCUAUAGUGGAAAUAAAAACAGCUCAUGAGAACCAAUUUUAUGACAGUAAAAUGUACCCAUCGUAUGGCAAUUGAUGUACAUGGAUGUAUCGGGUAAAAAGAAUGUGGUGCAGGUCAAUAUUACAUGUAGCUACCAUUGUAAAAAUACAAUAGAAUUCUGUAUUUUCAGAAUGCAAUAAUAAAAAGUUUUAGAAGUAA